AGCCCAGAGGGUCCUUCCCAGGCUGAACUUCCAGGGCCAGGACAGCCUGAGUCACAAGAAAUCACUUCAUUUCCGAGUGCCUAUUUUAUGGCGGAAGAGGCGGCUGUCCUCAAGGUCAUCAGGGACCUGAAAGGUGAGCGUGUCCAGAUCCUCUGGAACAGAGCUGGAGGAGAAGUGAGGGGUCUGGGGAGCCUGUCCCUUGGAGCCCCCGCUCACUACCUGACAUGUGAUGUCUGCUGUCGUCUCUGUAGCUGCCAUCUCUGCCAUCGUCCAAGCCUAUGGUAAUGGGCAGGAAUCGGUGACAGAUGCCAGCGCUGAGCUGCACAGACUCUGCGGCUGCCUGGAGCUGCUGCUGCAGUUUGACCAGAAGGAGCAGAAGAGCUUUCGGAGGCCUCGGAAGGAUUACUGGGACUUCCUCAGCACUGCCCUGUGGCAGCAGCGGAGGGACAUGGAGCCGGCCCGUUUCGUCCACUCACAGGACAAGUUGAAGACCCCGUUGGGGAAAGGGCGCGCCUUCAUCCGCUUCUGCCUAGCCCGUGGACAGCUGGCCGAGUCCCUGCAGCUCUGCCUUCUGAACCCAGAGCUCACCAGGGAAUGGUAUGGCCCCCGGAGCCCUCUGGUAUGCCCUGAACUCCAGGAAGAUAUCCUGGACUCUCUCUAUGCUCUCAAUGGGGUGGCCUUCGACUUGGAUCUGCAGCGGCCAGACCUGGAUGCAGCCUGGCCCAUGUUCUCAGAGUCACGCUGCUCCAACUCCAAGCAAACGCAGGGAAGAAGACCCAGAGGGACCAAAGUUUCCCCAAAGGAGAUCUCAGCUGCUUGUGGAGGCCCCCAAGACAUCCAUCGGGAGGAGCCACGCCUCAGCCAAGCCAGCUGUCUGGGAGAUGCACCCAGGGAAGAUGGCUUGGCAGGUCUCCCUGGAUCCCAGCCACACAGGCAUCUUCCUCCCUUUUUGGAAAAGAAGAGAGAAGAUCCUAGGAUCCUUGGAGACCCCCGGAGUAUAUGGGGACCAGAGGAGGGGGAACUUCAGCAAGACCAAAGUGAGGGAGCCCCAAAGCCUGGGAUCUGCCUGCAGAACUCAACACCCAGCAUCCAGAGACAGGGAGAGAGGGCCAAGUGGGCUCUGAAAGAGAUCAUAGGGACGGAGGCUGAGGGCAGAGGGGGACUUCCAGGAGCAGAAGGUCAGAAAUCAAUAGCGGAAACUCAUGAAGGGGAAGCAGAAUGGGGUCACGUCCAGCGACUGCUGAACUCCAGCCCUAGAUGGGCAAUAGAGGAAGCAAUGCUGGGGAAAAGGAAGGAGUCAGAGGUGUCAAGCAUCCUGGGGGAACCCUGGGUCCUUCAGGGUCUGGGAAAUGGGGAAGGCUCCACCACAGAGAAACCACAAGAGCAAACAGGAAUGACCAGCGUGGCUGGGAGAGAAGAGCAAGCAGAGGCAUUCCUGCAGGAUCUGGUCAAGAGCCUCAGACAUCAACUCUGGAAGGCCAAGGAGCAGGCCCAGCACCAGGAACAGCUGCUGAGGGAACAGGACUGGGAGACGAAGGCCUUGCAGAAGCAGCUCAGCAGGUGCCAAGAAGAGAGGGCCCAGCUGCAGGCAGAGCUAGAGCAGAAGCAACAGGAGGCUGAGAGGAGAGAUGCCAUGUACCAGAAGGAGCUUGGAGGGCAGCGGGACCUGGUCAAGGCUAUGAAGAAGCGGGUGCUGGAACUGAUCCAAGAGAAGGACAACCUGUGGCAGAAGGUCCAGCAUCUCUCUUCUGUGGCCUCUGGAUGCUGUGUCAGCUGCGGCAAGAUCUUUGGCCGGCUGUCUCGGCGGUAUCCAUGCAGGCUCUGCGGAGGUCUGGUUUGCCACGCCUGCUCCACAGAUUACAAAAAGAGAGAGCGUUGCUGCCAACCCUGUGCCCAGAGAGAAGACUCCCAGGUCAUUUGACCAAGACCUACCCAGGAAUGGCCUUCCCCUGUUGCCCCCACCCGAUCUGUUCUCUUCCCUCGGCCUUUCCUAGACCUCUUAUCUGUCUAGUCCUGCCUUCUAGAAGUUGGUGAUCUAAGGCAGACAGUGUUUAUCUGGACAGACUGUGGUGUGGGGGAUGGAAGGAGCACAGGUCAGGGAGUUAGGAGAUAGGGUCCAGCCCUGCAACUAUCACAGAUGAGCUCUGCAACUUUGGCAAAUACCUCAGCUCUGAGGGCUUUUUCUCUAACAUGAGGGAGUCGGGCUUCAUCCUCUCUAAAGUCUCUUCCAGCUCAGCAAAUCCAUGACUGUAAGACCCCAGUGGCCUUAGCUCUUCUCCUUCACACUCCCUCUCUCACUCAACUGUGGUGCCCACCCUUUAGGAUUCACAAGAAGCAAAGCCUGCAUGGUCCUGGGUUCUUCAGUAGUUUCUUGCCAGAAAUCUCAAUUUUGGUACCUACUUUUCUUUUGUUUUUUAACAGCUUUGUUGAGGUACUACUGACAUAUAAUAAAUUUCACACAAAUUGUGCAAUUUGUUGAGUUUUUAUUUUAAUAUAUACCCAUAAAACCAUCAGGAGUCUCUGGGUGGUAAGAAUGGUUAAUAUGCUUGGUUGCUAACUGAAAGAUUAGAGGUUCAAGUCCACCCAGAGGCACCUCAGGAGAAAGGCCUUGUGGUUGGCUUCUGAAAAAUCAGCCACUGCAAACUCUAUGGAGCACAGUUCUAUU